AUGAACGCGGCAAUGUCGAAUCUGGUCAUCUCUCUGGGUGCCAUGCAAGUGGCUCGUAAAAUCCCUUUUGAUGACCCCCAGGUGCUCCUCUACGCCCGUAUCGGGUACGUCGCGGCGCAGGUCAUCAUCCUCGCGGUGUAUUACUAUGUAUCUAUGAAGAUUAAGGAGAAGAACGACCUGACUGUGCUCAAAUAUGUCGAACCCGCCAAUCCGAUGGCGAAGGACGACAAUAACCUGGUGACGACGACGGUGCGCGACUACGACCUCACGGAGACGUCCAAGCUCGUGCGCGGCGUGUACAUCGGCUUCGCGAUGAUGUGCUUCCUCCAUCUCUACAUGAAGUUCACACAGCCGCUGUUCGUGCAGGCGCUCAUGGGAAUGAAGAACUUGUACGACGCGAAGCCCGUCGCGAUCUAUAUUCUCGGCAAGGCCGCAGAGGGUGACCUCAAGCGGCCAUUCAAGGCGGGUGGCAUGUUCGGCGCUGCUGCAGAUCCGCAGACGGACAAGGCUGCCAUCGACGAGGCGGAAAAACGGCGGGGAAAGAAGGAGGAGUAA